AGGCUACAGGUGCUGCAGCCGUCUCCCUCUCUCUCGCUCCCGCUCUGUCCCUCUCACCCUCUUUUUUUUUCCGCUCUCUGGUCAACAACACUGGAAUAUCCAACUGCGUCUGUAUUGGCCCACCCUGCCUCCGUAUUAUGAUCGCUUAUAACAAAAGCUAAAACCCACACACUGUAGUCUGUCUCACCCUCUCUCUGCCCCCCCCCCCCAUAUCUCUCUCUCUCUCUCUCUCGCUAUCUCUCUCGCUCUCUCUCGCUCUCGCUCUCUCUCUCUCUCACUCUCCCGUCUCUCCACCUCUCCCGUGCGCAUCCCUCUCCCGCCACCUGUUAGUGCAGACUCACAUGCGCUGCGACCCUCUUGUUUUAUUGUGGAGGAAUCUUCACGCGCGGAAACAGAGGGCCUAUGACGGUGCGCGGGGGGAAGAAGCUCUGCAUCUCCAUCCAGGAACACAUGGCCAUCGACGUCUGCCCCGGGCCAAUCAGACCCAUCCGCCAGAUCUCCGCAUACUUCCCCCGCGUCUCCCCCACCUCCCCCACCCCACUCUCCCCCAACCCGGCCUCCACGGUAAUCCUCGGUGGCGCCGGCCUCGGGGGCGUGGUCACUGGCCCGGCGGCGGGUCACCUCCUGUCACCGCUGCUGCCUCACGGGGGCGGGGCUAUGGGGCGCGGGGGUGGAGCUAUGGGGCGAGGGAGCGGGUCCCUCUCCCAGACCAGCAGCAUGGACACGUCCAUGGAGAUCCACAGCUCAGACAGCGACGACUGCACUGCUCUAGGAACGCUGGAGUUUGAGUUGUUCUACCAGCAGACAACCAGCCAACUGCACUGCACCAUCCUCAGAGCUAAGGGUCUUAAACCCAUGGACUUCAAUGGCUUGGCCGACCCCUACGUCAAACUGCAUCUGCUGCCCGGAGCGUGCAAGGCCAACAAGUUGAAAACCAGAACAAUCAGGAACUCUCUGCACCCGGUGUGGAACGAGACUCUGACAUACAUCGGCAUCACUGAGGAAGACAUGCACAGGAAGACCCUCAGGUUGUCAGUGUGUGACGAGGACAAGCUGACUCACAACGAGUUCAUUGGGGAGUCGAGGGUUCCGCUGCGACGCGUCAAACCAGACCAGACCAAGUACUUCCACACCUGCCUGGAGCACCCGCCCCCGCUUCCUUCUCCUACAGCCAUGGGCACAGCUCUGAGGGGAAUAUCCUGUUACUUAAGAGAGUGGGAGAACGAGCAGCUGCAUAGCCUUGAGGAGAGGGGCCGUCUCCUGCUCUCCCUGCAGUUCCUCCAGGCCAGGGAGGUGGAGGGGGGAGCGGGAGCAGGGGAAGACCUCCGUCGUGGCGGAGGGCUCUGUGUCGGUGUGCGGCGGUGUGCCCACCUGGCCGCCAUGGACGUCAACGGCUUCUCCGACCCCUACGUCAAAAUAUACCUGAAACCUGACAUACAGAAGAAAUCCAAGCACAAAACAGCAGUGAUUAAAAAGACACUCAACCCAGAGUUCAACGAGGAGUUCUUCUACGAGAUAUCUCUGGCAGAGCUGGCUCAUAAAACUCUCGAGGUCACGGUGUGGGACUACGACCUGGGCCGCUCCAACGACUUCAUCGGUGGUGUCUGUCUGAGCUGUCACUCACAGGGCGACGCCCUCCGUCAUUGGAUGGACUCUCUGAAGAACAAGGGACAGAGGGUGGAGCGAUGGCACAUUCUGACCAAUGAGCUCCCUCAGACCUUCAGCCACGACUAGCCCUGCCACACUCCCAGGAUGUGCAUGUUGUCGCCUGGAACAGAUGAAUGUAACGUCAUGACGACAAAGAGGAGUGCUGCAUACGCGACACUGUGACCGUUGCUACCGUUAACCGGAGUCACGAAACCUAAAGCGUUGUUUACAAAAAAGUCUGUGGAGCAUGUUUGCAAAAAGUGGUUUGCUUGUUGCUAGCCCGACCACUUCUGUCCUUACCAUUAAACAAACAGACCACAAACAUACCACAAACACACAACAAACACACCACAAUCCGACCACAACCAGACUAUGACCAAACCACAAACACUCCACAAACACAACACAACCACACCACAAUAUUACCACAACCACACCACGACCAUGCCGCAAAUCGACUAUAACCAUACCACAACACACCACAAACAUUCCAGAAAUACACCACAACCAUAGUAUAACUUUACCACAACACACCACAAACAUACCACAAGACACCAAAACCAUACCAGAACCACACCAUACUUGGAGGUACGACCUCUUUAAUUGUAAUAUUAUUAUCGUUCAAUAAUUCCCACCUUUUUUGAAUACAUGAUCACAGUCUUUUGCACUCUAUUUAUUAUUGAUUUCAAUUCACCGUCUGCAUCCCGUGUGUGGUCGUCCACCAAUGAUGAUGGUGAUGACAAAGAUUACAAAGACGAGCUGAUUUCUUCUGUGUUGUUGCAUGACACAAUAUGUGGAUCUUCUUGUUUCUAUGAACCCGGACCCCCAAGCCCCCCUACUGGGACCCAGCAGGGGACUCUGCGGGGUUGGACUUCUUUAUGCAUGACUGAAUGUGCGGGUGUUUCUAUAUCGUUCUGAUGUUUACACCUCGUGGUUCUUACCUUUCUAUCAGGUGUUUUACGUACUGUGAAACAAUACACUUGGAAUGCAAUACA